CGCGGGAAGGGGCGGGACCGAGAGGCGCGCGGCGCGCUCCUCGCUGUACCUGCGGCGGUCGCUGUCGCCAUGGAGGAGAUUUAUGCCAAGUUUGUGUCUCAGAAAAUCAGCAAAACCCGCUGGCGGCCGGUGCCUCCGGGGAGCCUGCAGACCGCAGAGACCUUCGCUACGGGCUCUUGGGACAACGAGGAAAAUCGUGUUUCCCUGUGGUCUAUUGGCGAUUUUGGGAACUCAGACUCUGAUGGAGGGUUUGAAGGAGACCAUCAGUUACUGUGUGACAUCAAACACCAUGGUGACGUGAUGGACUUACAGUUUUUUGACCAGGAAAGGAUUGUAGCUGCUUCAUCAACAGGAUGUGUAACAGUUUUCCUUCACCAUCCAAAUAACCAGACUCUGUCAGUCAGCCAGCAGUGGACGGCCGCUCACUACCACACGAGCCCAGGCAGCCACUCCUGUUGCAGUGCACCCUGCACGGGUAUCGUGUGCAGCAACCCAGAAAUUGUCACAGUUGGAGAAGAUGGUCGGAUAAAUCUUUUCAGAGCUGAUCACAAGGAGGCUGUGAGAACUAUAGACAAUGCAGAUAGCAGUACACUCCAUGCUGUAACCUUCCUUCGAACUCCUGAGAUUCUUACAGUUAAUUCAAUUGGACAGUUAAAAAUAUGGGAUUUCAGACAACAAGGAAAUGAGCCCUCUCAGAUAUUAUCACUGACUGGUGACCGAGUGCCGCUCCACUGUGUUGACAGACAUCCCAACCAGCAGCAUGUUGUAGCUACUGGGGGCCAGGAUGGAAUGUUGAGUAUCUGGGAUGUUAGACAAGGCAUCAUGCCUGUGUCUCUGCUCAAGGCUCAUGAAGCUGAAAUGUGGGAAGUUCAUUUCCACCCAUCCAAUCCCGAUCAUCUUUUUACUUGUUCUGAAGAUGGAUCCCUCUGGCACUGGGAUGCCUCCACAGAUGUACCUGAAAAAUCAUCACUGUUUCACCAAGGAGGAAGAAGUACUUUUCUGUCUCACAGCAUCAGUAACCAGGCUAACAUUCACCAGUCUGUCAUAAGCUCCUGGCUCAGCACUGAUCCUGCAAGAGACCGUAUUGAAAUCACAAGCUUGCUUCCCAACAUGACUCUGUCUGUGAACAGUUUGGAUGUUUUAGGUCCUUGUCUUGUUUGUGGAACUGAUGCAGAAGCAAUUUAUGUUACUAGACAACUGUUUUCAUGAAAAUACUGUAAUUACAAGAUUUCAGGUAAAAACAUACAGUUAGCCUCUCAAAUUCCAACUUCUAUGCAAAUUUUUAUUAUUGGAAAAUGUGAAAUUUGCAGGGGAAACAUCAGUAAACUGUUAAUGUCAAUGCCCAGUUUCGGAUUUUGUGAGUUGGCUAUUCCCCUAAGAGUUGCAGAAUCUCACCGAUGUUUGAUGGCAGAAGGGUUGGAGCGUGUGGAAGAACGUCAGAGGGAUCCCUGUGCUGAUGAGUACACUGCCUGCAGACAGACUCUGGACAGCCCAUGGAGCCUACUCUUCAGUUUUGAUGUGAGACUUACCACUGUCAAACACCAACGGGUUCCUAUCCCUUUUAUCAACAGUAUGUGGGGGAUACCCUAUGCCUUUCCCUGGUGGCAUUAGCCAAGGUUAAUGUUUGUUCUUGUUGAAAGUAUUUUCUUCAAUCAUUCCACAUUUUAUUUCCUUAAUAAUUUUAAUAAACUUUUUCAGAAAGAA